AUGUGGUGGUCCAUAAGGAAAGUCUUAGAACACAAUGUCUGCCACCAUGCUCUAGAAGAAGUCUUGGAACUACUUCCAUCUAAGAUCACUAACAUAGUCUUUGCUGGCCAAGAUCUCAUUCGGGAUGAGGAGUGGGGGAGCAUGCGUGAUGUGAAUAAAAAGAUAGAUGGUCCCCCUCUUCAAAAGAUAAAGAAUCAGCAGCUGCCCCUUCUUCUGCAAUAUUAUGUGGAGUAUUAUUUUAGUGAUUUAAACUUAGCUACUACCGAUCAUUUGAUGAGGUUCAUCAACAAAGAUCCAGAAGGUUUUGUGCCUAUAUCUGUUGUUGCAUCUUUCAAAAAGAUUAAGGCCCUCAUAACCAGUCACUCCCAACUUGCAACUGUUUUGAGGAACUCAUCAAAGCUCGUGGUUAGUGAAGAUGGAAAGAAAAUUAAACGGCAGUAUCCCCUCACUGAGUCUGAUAUAGAAGAGCUACAAUCUCGCAUUGUUGUAGCUGAAAACCUACCUGAGGAUCAUUGUCAUCAGAAUCUUAUGAAGGUUUUCUCAGCAGUUGGGAGUGUGAAGACUAUCCGCACCUGUCCACCUCAGACCUCCAAUAGUGGGGCUUCUUCUGCUUCAAGAUUGGGAAAAGUUGAUGGCAUGCCUCUAUCAAACAAGUUGCAUGCAUUUGUUGAAUAUGAAUCUGUUGAGCUGGCUGAGAGAGCAAUUGUGAACCAUUCACAGGUUGCUGAGCUGAAUGAUGAGGGAAACUGGAGGAGUGGCCUCCGGGUUCGCCUAAUGCUUAGACGCAUG